AUGACUUACCUGAAGCCACAACUUUCAACACACCAGCUCGCUAUCAAUCUACCCCUUAACAUCCCGCAAGCCAUUUACAUCAAUGUCCGGACUACCAAGCUUGCUCAAAUCCUCAUCGACUUUGCAAUUCAAUCACGCACUGAAAACCGUUUGCAUUCAUAUCCUCCAACAAGUGAUCCUGUCAAGAGUGAUCCGUUCUUAUACCUAAUAUCAUACAAUAACAGCUAUAAAUAA